AUGAAGUCCACAACCAUUAUGCUAUCGGCCAUGUCUGCACUGCAAGCAAGUGCAGCACCUACACGUUUCCAUGCACCACGUCUCAACGCUACGGUAUCAUUUCCAUACAAUGGCACCGCGUACGACCCUCUUCCGUCAUCAGCAUACCUUGCCAAACUGGAAGGUGCUCUUUCAGAUCUCACCAGUUCAACUCUAUCAAUACUCCUUGGCUCUUCAACAACAAUGCUGGGCUAUGGCUUCUGCGGACUGGCCAUGCCAGCGGAAUCAUGGGAAACAUGUACAGACUUUGCUGUAAUUGGCGGCAGUGUUGUUGGCCUCUCGCAUCUCGUGAUCUGGAAAUUUCCAGAGAUCCUCAACGAUUUCCAUCUCUAUGGCUCGACGGCCAGACCUUGGGAAGAUGUUCCUGCCGCUUGGGGCGAGGGCGAAGGUCCUGAUGCUAAAGUUGAAGUCAAGCCUCGCGUGGAGCUUGUCAAUGCAAACUUGGGUGCAUGGCCUUGA